AUGGAUAUUUACUUGGAUAUUUUUGGACAGCAGCCGAGGCUCAACAUCCACACGCAAAUAUGUCUCUGCUUUGCGAUGCCAAACGAUGUUGAGCAAUCCACUGUCAUGAGCACGCUGACAUCUGGCCUUCAGCGGCUGACGGCCAGCUUUCCAUGGGUAGCGGGCCAAGUUGUCGUUGAGGGCUCAGGGGCUGGAAGUUCUGGAGUCUUUAAGAUCAAAGAACUGCGAGAUAUCCCCUACUUGGCAGUCAAAGACCUUAGAGCAGACACCUCGGUUCCGACAAUGAUCGAGCUCAGAGAAGCCAAUUUCCCAAUGAGAAUGUUGAGAGAAUCUGUUAUCGCGCCUCGCAACACCUUUCCUGCAGCCGACGCCAUCAAUAGACACGAAUCCAGUUCGCCUGUCUUUCUGCUACAGGCAAAUUUCAUUGUCGGUGGUUUGGUGCUCACGUUCCUUGGCCAACAUCAGACCAUGGACAUCAUGGGGCAAGGACAGAUUAUGCAUCUCCUCUCAAAGGCCUGCCAUGAUGAGUCGUUUACUACCGACGAGCUAUUUUGUGGCAAUCUCGAACGCCAAACCGUUGUUCCCCUUCUUGAUAACUAUGAGCGUGGUCCCGAGCUUGCUCAGCCUGUUCAGAGUGUCUGGGCAAGUUUUACCUUUCAUCCCACAUCAUUGGCAACUCUGAAAUCAAUCGCUGUCAAGACUCUCCCAAGUGGUUCUAGCUACGUAUCUACUGAUGACGCGCUGAGCGCAUUUAUCUGGCAGAGCAUCAUGCGCGCGCGCGCCAAUCGCUUACCGCCCGGCGUAGAGACGACUUUUGCGCGAGCUGUUGACGUACGCCCCUAUGUCGAUGUGCCAGCGUCUUAUCCAGGCAUUGUUCAGAAUAUGACGUACACGACUUUCACGCUACAAGAGCUCGUCGCAUUGCCACUGGGCGAGAUAGCAUCCAGGCUUCGAACCGCCCUGGAAUCCAAUACCACUAUCCUCCCCUUCCACACGCGUGCUUUGGCUACCUACUUGCACAGCCAAGCCGAUAAGUCGCACGUCUCACCUGCCUCAUCGUUGGACUUUUCAGUCGACGUGAUCGUGAGUUCGUGGGCCAAAACGGACAGCUACGCCUUGGAAUUCAAUUUAGGACUUGGCAAGCCAGAGGCAGUUCGCAGGCCAUGGUUCACACCGCUGCAAAGUUUUGUGUAUUUCAUGCCUCGAAAAGAUGAUGGCGAAAUCGCUUUGGCAGUGUGUCUUAGGGAAGAGGACAUGGAGAGACUAAAGGCGGAUAGGCUCUUUAUGACGUAUGCCAGGCACGACGGAUGA